AUGGCGCCGUCCGCGGGGCUGAGGCUGAAGUCACUUUGCUCCAGAUUCACGUUUUUACACAAAUAUUCUCAAUAUUCAGACAGAGGCCCUUCACAGAGACCACCGCACUGCGGGUGGGCACAGAGCCGCCGAGGUUUCUCGGGCCCUCUCCAUCACUAUGACGCCCUGGUGUCAGAGGGUGCGCUGCGGGAGGAUGUCCACCAGAGGGCGGUGUUACAGUCUCUGGACCAACUGCAGCAGCGACUCAGAGGCUACAGCAACAAGCGAGGGGGCGUGUUCUCCAGGUUUUUCUCAAAACCAAAACCUCCGCAAGGAUUUUACAUUUACGGAGACGUCGGCACUGGGAAGACGAUGGUGAUGGACAUGUUUUAUACUUAUGUGGAAACAGACCAGAAGAAAAGAGUUCAUUUCCAUGGUUUCAUGUUGGACGUCCAUAAAAGGAUCCACAGCUGCAGUCUGCUUCUGUGCUCAGGGAUCCACAGGUUAAAACAGUCUCUGCCCAAAAGGAAAGCUGGGAAAAUGUCUCGAUCGUACGACCCCAUCGCUCCUGUCGCCGAGGAGAUCAGUGAAGAGGCCUCUCUGCUCUGCUUUGAUGAGUUCCAGGUCACGGACAUCGCAGACGCCAUGAUCCUGAAGCAGCUUUUUGAAAACCUCUUUCUUCACGGAGUGGUCGUCGUGGCAACGUCCAACCGGCCCCCACAAGACUUGUACCUGAACGGUCUGCAGAGGGUGAACUUCGUGCCGUUUAUUGCGGUUUUAAAGAAAUACUGUCAGACUCUGCGUUUAGAUUCUGGGAUCGACUACAGGAAGAGAGACCGUCCGUCGGCGGGAAGACUCUACUUCCUCUCCAGUGAAACCGACGCAGAGUCUGUUUUAGACGCAAUGUUUGACGAACUCGCAUUUCAACAGAAUGACAUCCCGCGGCCGAGGAUCCUGAACGUUCUCAACAGAAAAGUGCGUCUGAACAAAGUCUGUGGGAGCAUCGCAGACUGUACCUUUGAGGAGCUUUGUGACCGAGUGAGUGGGGGCAGGAUCAGGCUGUGUGACCGAGUGAGUGGGGGCAGUAUCAUGCUGUGUGACCGAGUGAGUGGGGGCAGUAUCAGGCCGUGUGACCGAGUGAGUGGGGGCAGUAUCAUGCUGUGUGACCGAGUGAGUGGGGGCAGUAUCAUGCCGUUUGACCGAGUGAGUGGGGGCAGUAUCAUGCUGUGUGACCGAGUGAGUGGGGGCAGUAUCAUGCUGUGUGACCGAGUGAGUGGGGGCAGUAUCAUGCUGUGUGACCGAGUGAGUGGGGGCAGUAUCAUGCUGUGUGACCGAGUGAGUGGGGGCAGUAUCGUGCUGUGUGACCGAGUGAGUGGGGGCAGUAUCAUGCUGUGUGACCGAGUGAGUGGGGGCAGUAUCAUGCUGUGUGACCGAGUGAGUGGGGGCAGUAUCAUGCUGUGUGACCGAGUGAGUGGGGGCAGUAUCAGGAUGUGUGACCGAGUGAGUGGGGGCAGUAUCAUGCUGUGUGACCGAGUGAGUGGGGGCAGUAUCAUGCUGUGUGACCGAGUGAGUGGGGGCAGUAUCAUGCUGUGUGACCGAGUGAGUGGGGGCAGUAUCAUGCUGUGUGACCGAGUGAGUGGGGGCAGUAUCAUGCUGUGUGACCGAGUGAGUGGGGGCAGUAUCAGGCUGUGUGACCGAGUGAGUGGGGGCAGUAUCAUGCCGUGUGACCGAGUGAGUGGGGGCAGUAUCAUGCCGUUUGACCGAGUGAGUGGGGGCAGUAUCAUGCCGUGUGACCGAGUGAGUGGGGGCAGUAUCAUGCCGUGUGACCGAGUGAGUGGGGGCAGUAUCAUGCCGUUUGACCGAGUGAGUGGGGGGCAGUAUCAUGCCGUGUGA